AUGGCGGACUUGAGCAACAUCCUUGCUGCGCUGGCCGCUCAGCGUCAAGGAGGCACGCCUUCACAAGGUCCUCCACCACCCGUUCCAGGCGCUCCCUUCCCUCCUCCGCAGUAUGCAGCUCCUCCAGGCAAUGCAUUACCCUACGGUCUUCCUCAACCCAUUAGCUCCGGUAGUGUUGAUCUGGCCAACAUCCAGCCCGUUAGCUCUGGCUCUGUGAGCAUUGCAGACGCUAUUGCCAAAGCCCGUGGCAUCGCUGCGGAAAAGGGUAUUUCUUACGAUCCUAGCAGACUGCCCAUGAACCCAGACCCACGUAGCGGCGGUCGAGGCUACAGACGCUCAAGAUCACCCUCCCAUUCGCCCCCACGUACGAGGCAAGAUGGUUACCAGGACGCCUACAACCCUUACCGAGACGAGCGACGCGGCAAUGAUCGUGGAUACGGCCGGGAGCGUUCCCUCUCACCAAGACGUGGUCAUUUUUCGCCACCCAGAUUUCGCGAUGACAGAUCACCUGGCCAAGACCGAGGUGGCAGUGUUGAAGGUGAAUCUGAGGUAGUUCCUCUCGACAAAGGUGUCGUAGGGUUGGUCAUUGGCAGAUCCGGAGAAAAUCUUCGGAGGAUCGAAAGUACCACUGGUGCUCGUGUACAGUUUCUCGAUGGUCCAGAAGUCGCUGGCACACAGAGACAUUGCAGAAUCUCGGGCAAUCGCUCCUCACGGUCGGCAGCGAAAGCGGAGAUCUUCAAAGUCAUUGACGACAACGAAACGACCAAAAGAGGUGCCGAAAAGCCGCGCAGCCAGAUCAAAACCACGACUAUCUCAACAAAAGAUGGAGACAGCCUCCAGAUGAUGGUUCCCGAUCGGACAGUUGGAUUGAUUAUUGGAAGAGGUGGUGAAACCAUUCGUGAUCUACAAGACAAGAGCGGUUGUCAUGUCAACAUUCUGGGAGAGAACAAAAGUGUCAAUGGGUUGCGCCCCGUCAAUCUCAUUGGUAGCGCAUCCGCUCAGCAGUAUGCGCGCGAUCUGAUUCUAGAAAUCGUGGAGAGUGAUCAGAAGGGUAUCAGCAUCAAAGACCUUCACCGUGAGCGAGAAGAGACUCAAGGCAAAAUCAACGAUCACAUUGUGGUACCGGGCGAGGCAGUCGGCAUGAUAAUUGGUAAAGGGGGUGAGUCGAUUCGUGACAUGCAAAACCAGACAGGGUGCAAGAUCAACGUCUCGCCUGCUAGCGGACGAGACGUCGAACGCGAAAUUGGAUUGAUAGGCACAAGGCACGCCAUUGACGCUGCCAAACGUGCCAUCAUGGACAAGGUCGAAACAGUGCGUGCUCGAUCUCAGGGGCGUGACAAUCGAGACGACUACACCGAGCGAUACGCAUCACAACCGUCCAGCUAUGCACCGCCGAGUGGAGCACCUGCGCCUCAAGCGGCUGCACCGCCUUCUGAGGGAGCGGCGGAUCCUUAUGCUGCUUAUGGUGGCUACCAGAACUACUUGCAGAUGUGGUACGCCGCCAUGGCAGCACAGCAACAACAAAGUGGCCCAGGUCAAGGUGAGCAACGAUAA